GGCCCCUCAACUCCGACCUUAGCUGCGGCGCCGCCCCACAUGUUUCUCCAGGCGGGCCUGGCCGCAAAAUCUGCGCUUCUCCGCGUUUUUCAACCUGCUUCUUUUGCCGCCAUGAGUACUGGCACCUUCGUCGUAUCGCAGCCGCUCAACUACCGCGGCGGGUCCCGCGUGGAGCCGGCAGACGCCUCCGGCACCGAGAAGGCGUUCGAGCCGGCGACAGGUCGAGUGAUAGCUACUUUCACUUGUUCAGGAGAAAAGGAAGUAAAUUUGGCUAUUCAAGAUGCAAAGGCUGCCUUUAAAAUAUGGCGUCAAAAAUCUGGCAUGGAGCGUUGCCGAAUCCUUUUGGAGGCUGCCAGGAUAAUCAGGGAACGGAUGGAUGAAAUUGCCACUGUGGAGACCAUCAACAAUGGCAAGUCCAUCUUUGAGGCUCGGUUGGACAUUGAUACUUCAUGGCAGUGCCUGGAGUAUUAUGCAGGACUGGCUGGAUCCAUGGCUGGUGAACAUAUCCAGCUCUCAGGUGGAUCCUUUGGUUACACCAGAAGAGAACCGCUUGGAGUAUGUGUGGGAAUAGGAGCGUGGAACUACCCUUUUCAGAUUGCCUGUUGGAAGUCUGCUCCAGCUUUAGCUUGUGGUAACGCCAUGGUCUAUAAACCGUCUCCCUUCACGCCAGUUUCGGUGUUGCUGCUGGCUGAAAUCUAUACUGAGGCUGGUGUGCCUCCUGGGCUCUUCAAUGUGGUGCAGGGAGGGGCCGCCACAGGCCAGUUUCUCUGUCAGCAUCCUGAUGUGGCCAAAGUCUCCUUCACUGGAAGCGUGCCCACUGGCACAAAGAUCAUGGAGAUGUCAGCUAAAGGAAUCAAACCUGUUACCUUGGAACUUGGAGGCAAAUCUCCACUCAUCAUCUUCUCAGAUUGUGUCAUGGAGAAUGCCGUGAAGGGGGCACUAAUGGCCAACUUCCUCACACAAGGUGAGGUUUGCUGUAAUGGCACAAGGGUAUUUGUACAAAAGGAAAUUCUUGAUAAAUUUACAGAGGAAGUGGUGAAACAGACCCAAAAGAUAAAAAUUGGAGAUCCCCUUCUGGAAGAUACAAGGAUGGGUCCCCUCAUCAACCGACCACACCUGGAGCGAGUUCUUGGGUUUAUUAAACUGGCAGAGGAGCAGGGCGCGAAAGUGUUAUGUGGUGGAAACCUAUACGAACCUGAAGACCCCAAAUUAAAGGGUGGAUAUUACAUGAGACCUUGUGUAUUAGGUAAUUGCAGAGAUGACAUGACAUGUGUGAAGGAAGAGAUCUUCGGGCCGGUUAUGUCCAUUUUAUCGUUUGACACUGAAGCUGAGGUUCUGCAGAGAGCCAAUGAUACCACUUUUGGACUUGCUGCUGGCGUCUUCACCAGGGACAUCCAGCGGGCUCAUCGCGUGGUGGCUGAGCUUCAGGCCGGGAUGUGCUUCAUCAACAACUAUAACGUCAGCCCGGUGGAGCUGCCCUUCGGUGGAUAUAAGAAGUCAGGAUUUGGCAGAGAAAAUGGUCGUGUGACCAUUGAAUAUUACUCACAGCUGAAGACUGUGUGCGUGGAGAUGGGCGAUGUGGAGUCAGCUUUCUGAACGGCAGUGGGAUCCUGACCACGCCGCCACGUGUGGAAUGCCAAGAACCUCUGCUUUUGACAGGCAGUACCACUGAAUACCGCUCUCAAUCCAGAAUUUUCAUCAUUCAGGACAGGAGAAUGGUUUCGGGCUUGGGGUUACUCUUUCUCUUUCAGCCAUCUUCCUAAUUGAAAAAUGUGUCUAAGUGCUUUUUAGGUAAUAAUCAGGAAAAUUGUGAUUUUCCUCAAAGUCCUUCUGAAAAGGCCUAGGAUUAUUCUUCCCCGGAUCUGACCCACCAACAGUAUUAAUUCUCUAGCUCAUUUUAAAGAAAGCAUUCUUUUGUAAGCUCCUGGUGGAAUCUGUAGAGAUGAUUUCUGCUCACUGAGAAAGCUCACAGUCGGGAUAGAGAGGUGACUAGAUGAUGGCUGGGUGCAGCCUGUGUGAUGCUCAUUUGCUGUGUUAAAGCCUUCUUUCUGUUUGUGUUCAGGGCUGGGGUAGAGGAAAUCUGCUUCCAUUCUUCAACUACAGCUUGCUGUCUUACGACCGCAGUUACAUUUUUUGUAUGCUUAUGUAACACUGCAAUGAAAAUAAAUCACACUGUUAAUUCUUUUA